CGCAACGUGGUGGUCUUUUUUAUUUUUUUUAUUUUUUAAUAUUUCACAUGUCACUGCUGGCCGCCGCCGCACCAUGACGUUGGGAAGCUCAUUCGCCAGCUCACGUCGCAUCUAAGAUUUGUUUGUCUUGCUGCUCCCCAACGGACCAGGAAUUCGGUGCUGGGAGACCACACAAGUUACGUGACACGAGAGCAGCAACAACUCCCGAGUCUCACUCCAUUUUCUGUUCAUUAGCUUUCCCCCUCCUUCUGCUGCUUGACUGUUCUUCUCAACGUCCUUGCGUUGGUCCGUAUUCCGCCCUUUCUUACGCCAAGUUCCGACUAAACAUCACGACCUUUGCGAUCCGGAGCCUCAUGUCGCCGUGAUUCUUCAGCCUACCUACCCUCCGCUCUCCCGGUCAGCUCGGACUUAUACGACCUCUACAUCUCACUGUUACAACUCCACCGCCUCCCACGAUGGAGAAGUUUAGCCAGUUCCGCGACAAAGGCUCGGGCAUCUCGCCCUUCAUCCCCGUCAAAACAGCCCUCUCCCCCCUCUCCUCAAUCUUCCACACCUUCCUCUUCUUCAUCCGCCUCCCCCUCUUCCUCACCUACGCAGCAACAUACUUCCUCUUCCUCCAACACCUAUGCCCCUUCCUCCCCGUCGCCGUCCGCAAGGUCCUCCUCUGGGGCAUGAUGGGCAUCCCCGGCAUCUGGUGGGUCGACCUCCAGCUCGACGGCGUCCGCCGCGGCACCCUCGCCGACCAACCCCCGCAGCGCUUCCCCCACCCCGGGUCCGUCAUCGCCGCAAACUUCACCUCCCCCAUCGACGCCGUCUACCUCGCCGCAAUCUUCGACCCCAUCUUUACAAUCUCCUACCCAAACACCAGAUCCGUCGAGCGAAUCUCCCUCCUCCGCGCCGUCUUCUACGCCCUCUCCCCCGUCCGCUUCGCCCCGUCGCCGUCAAACCGAAAACUCACCGACCUCGCCACCCUACAAACCCGCUACCCAGACCGCGUCGUCGCCGUCUUCCCCGAGGGCGGCACCACCAACGGCAAGGGCGUCCUCCCCUUCACACCCUCUCUCCUCGCCGUCAGCCCCGAAGUCCACAUCUUCCCCGUCAGUAUCCGCUACACUCCCGCCGACGUAACGACCCCGAUCCCGGGCCGCUGGUUCAAGUUCCUCUGGGACCUCCUCUCCCGCCCGACGACCUGCAUCCGCGUCCGCGUUGCCGAGAGUAUCCUCAAUUCCUCCGCCGCCCAGACCAACGGCGUCUCGUCUUCUGUGGCUGCUGGCGAGACUGCUCAACGACGAAUCGGAGCCGGAGGCGGCGAUGCGCCCGCGCUGUCGAUCGAGGAACAACGGGUGUUGGAUAAGGUUGGCGAGGCUCUCGCGAGGCUGUGUCGGAAUAAGCGCGUCGGGUUGACGUUGCGGGAUAAGGCUGCGUUCAUCGAGGCGUGGAACGGGCGCAAGUGAGCUACCUAAGGCUUUCCCAGAAUCACCCAUAAACAGCAGGGGACGUGAUGGGGUGAAGGGAUGUUGGUUCAGGCAGCUUGGUGGCCGUCGUGCUUUUGCGUUUUUGCCAGGGUGUUAUUGCAUAGCUAGGAGCUUCGGAGGCGCUCGUUGUGCCAUGUUUCGAUGCGAGUGGAAGUCAAAAAAGCGGCAUGGGUCGGGGCUUCUGUUAAAGGGAAUCCGCUAUGUAAAGGAAAGUGCAGUUUCGACGUUGUGAAGUGUGUCUUUUUCUUGGGACUACGCAUACCAUAAGUAC